GGCCGAAGUCCCCUCUGGCCGCUGGGGACAGGGGCAACUAACAGACCUUCCUAUACCCCAUCCAUCGGGGGCAGGGGCAAUUAACAAACGCCCUCAUCCACCGUCUAUGGGAGGCUGGGGCAAUUAGCCCUUCCAUGUCUCUACCAUAGAGCAGGGGCGAUUAACAGGCCUGCCCUCCCUCAGUCUGAGCAGAAACAAAAUCAGCCCCCAGUGCUCUGCGCCCCCAGCCCCGUCAGGGCCCGGGUCCCAGGGCUCCCCCCGCGGACGGGGCGGAGUUGCACGGAUCCUGCUGCAGUGGGGCAGCGCUAUUUAAAGGGCCUCAGGGCCGGGCGACGCUUGCUCGCGUCCUGCAAGAUGCUGCCAGUGGCUGGCAGCCGGGAGCCCCGCGCCCCCUUUAAGCAGCGGAAAUGCUUCGCUACCAGGAAACGCGAAGUAGCAGCGGUCCGCUCCAGGUUCCCCAGCAAACUCCCGGUGAUCCUGGAGCGGUACCCUAAGGAGAAGAUGCUGCCAGCUUUGGAUAGGACCAAGUUCCUGGUUCCCCAGGAGCUGACCAUGGGUCAGUUUGUGACCAUUAUCCGAAACAGGAUGUCCCUCAGCUCCACCCAGUCGUUCUACUUGCUGGUGGAUGGUAGCCGGAGCCUGGUCAGCAUGUCACUCACCAUGGCUGAAGUGUACACACUGAACCGAGAUGAGGAUGGGUUCCUCUAUAUGACCUACGCCUCCCAGGAGAUGUUUGGCUAAGGCUUCUGGUUGUCUUGGACUCCUGCACCUCUGAGAGAAGCCAUUGUUGCCCAUUCGAAUGUUGCUACUUGGUAAAUGGGAUCAUUCCACCCUAUCUAGUCAGAAUAGGAAUGACAUUCCUGCCUGGCCGGGGGGGAGGGGGCAUCUACCCGGGUGUGCUGACACCAAGGAACCUGCCUAUUUCCUCUCUGCCCCAUGUGACUGCCUGAAUGGUUUUGCUCCAAAGGGAACACUGCCUCCAGAGUAAGGACCCCUUCAGCCCUUACCCUGAGUCAUGCAGUCCCCAUGGGAUGGCCUUAUGUUGUGAGGAAUAGUUACACCUACCAGCCUCUUGCACUGUGCAUGAUUCCCCUCACCAUGAGACCAAAAGGAUCCCACUAAUUAAAGGUGGCAUCGGAAGAUGCUGGUCAGUGCUGGCUCUGAGUUCCUGCUGCACCACCUGGGGCUGAUAAAAGCCCAGUCUAUUCCCUCUGAUUUUGGGGUGGAUCUGAGGAGGUGAAAGAUGACUUCAUCUUAUUUUGAGAGCUGUCUUCCAGCAACUUUUCUAGCCCCUCUAUUGACCACCCUUGUAAUCCCUGAGCAGGGUGAUCCUCCUCCUCAAGGCUAGCCCUAGCUGUGCGGUAGGGCCGAUCCUCCUGUAAUGGAGGCUCUCAUUUGUGCAGGGGGGAAAGGUAACCUUGCACUUGGCUUAAGCACUGUCUGUCCUUUAGACUGCAUGUGUGCUCACGUGAGAUUCAGAAGUACACCCUGUAGCCACCAGUUAACCCUGUUAAAUGUUUCUGUAAAUGCUUAUCUGUGUGAAAUGGGACUGGCAAUCCAAUCCAGCAUGGCUGAGCCACUGCAGUUCCUGAGAGUAAUGAUUGCAUUGGGAGGGCACAGAGCAAUCCCUGCCAGGUGCAAGCAGCUCAUGCUACCCAAGCCAGUAGAGAGGACUGAGGGGAGUGUGCCAAUUAUAGCUGUAUUUAGAGCACAUGGUCCCUUGGUCUAUUAUCCGGUGCAAAUAACCCACUGUCUUGGGUAGAGGUUCUGUGCUUUGGAGAACCCCACAACUUUUUAGCAGCUCCCUGUAUGAGGGUUGUUUAGCA